GAAAAUUUGAGAAGGAAGACCUCUGGUUUAGUUGAUUCAAAUGGAGGAUUAGAAGAAUGUUUUAAACUUGCAAGCAUUAGAACAGCACAUGCUACACAAGUGAUCUUUCUCGCGCCUACAACAGCGAGGAACUCCAACGCAGUUAUCAAUGGAUUCGUUUGUUUCGGAACCCAGGCCGGCUUCAUAUGAAACCCUCAGCAACAAUGUUCUUAAGAGAGAACGGAGGGCAAGAGAGAGGCAAGUCAGAGAAGAGGAGAAAAAGAAGGUGACCACGAAUAAGAUACCAGAGAAUCAGAGGCAACAGGUGGCAAAUGAUGAUACCAUGGAUCCUACGCAAUUCCUCAGCAACAGAAUCAAAAGUUUGGCAUUACUAAAGGAAUCUGGUGUAAAUCCGUACCCUCAUAAGUUUGAUAUUUCAAUGUCUAUCACUGAAUUUAUUGACAAAUAUAGAAGUUUGUACGUUGGUGAACAUGUUGAGAACACUGAAAUCUCCUUAGCAGGGAGAAUUUUGAACAAGAGGUCAUCAUCGUCAAAACUAUAUUUUUAUGAUCUUCAUGGAAAUGGUGCUAAAAUUCAAGUGAUGGCAGAUGCAAGGCAUUCCGACAUGGAUGAAAAUGAGUUCUGUAAGUAUCACUCUGGGGUGAAGCGAGGUGACAUUGUAGGGAUAUGCGGGUUCCCUGGGAAGAGUCAAAGAGGGGAAUUAAGUAUUUUUCCUAGGUCACUCGUGGUACUCACCCCAUGCCUGCACAUGCUUCCAAGGCAUGCAAUCACUUCCAACAGCGAUGAAGCACAGUCUAAGAAGAAAACAAGAAAUCAUUCAUGGACCCCUGGAAUAACAAGAAAUCCUGAAACUUACAUUCUCAGAGAUCAGGAAACUCGAUAUCGUCAACGUUAUCUCGACCUGAUGUUGAACUCAGAGGUUCAGAAAAUAUUCAGGACCAGGGCCAAAAUCAUAUCUUACUCCAGAGACUUCCUUGACAAUCUUGGAUUCAUAGAGGUUGAAACCCCUGCGAUGACUAUGACUGCUGGAGGAGCUGCUGCUCGGCCAUUCAUCACACAUCAUAAUGAAUUGGAUAUGAAGCUCUACAUGCGGAUAUCACCAGAACUGUAUCUCAAGAAACUGGUUGUCGGGGGACUUGAUCGAGUUUAUGAGAUUGGGAAAGUAUUUAGGAAUGAGGGAAUGAAUCUAACUCAUCUUCCAGAAUUCACGAUGUUUGAAUUUUACAUGGCCUACGCAGAUUAUAAUGACUUGAUGGACAUUAUAGAGAAGCUGUUAUCAGGUAUGGUGAAGGAGCUGACAGGAAGCCAUAAAAUCAAGUACCAUGGUAAUGGAUUCGACAGUGAACCUGUAGAGAUUGAUUUUACUCCACCUUUUAGAAGGAUUGAUUUGAUAGAGGAGCUGGAGUCUAGGGCGAACCUCAGCAUACCCAAAGAUCUUUCCAGCGAAACUGCCAAUAAGUUUUUGUUGGAAGCUUGUGAAAAAUUUGAUGUCAAAUGCCCUGCUCCCCACACCACAACUCGGUUGUUAGACAAGCUUGUGGGCCAUUUUCUUGAAGAAACGUGCAUAAACCCUACUUUUAUCAUCAACCAUCCAGAGAUAAUGAGUCCUCUGGCAAAGUGGCACAGAUCAAAACCGGGGUUAACCGAGCGCUUCGAAUUAUUCGUGAACAAGAGAGAGCUAUGCAAUGCAUAUACUGAAUUGAAUGAUCCUCAAGUACAGCGCCAAAGAUUUGCUGAGCAGCUCAAGGAUCGACAAUUGGGAGACGAUGAAGCAAUGGUGUUGGAUGAAUCAUUUUGCAGUUGUUUAGAGUAUGGGUUGCCCCCAACUGCUGGACUGGGAAUGGGGAUUGAUCGCCUAGCUAUGCUGCUUACGGAUUCACCAAAUGUCAAGGAAGUUAUCCUUUUUCCAGCAAUGAAGCCUCAAGAUUAGACUUUUCACCAACGACCAGCUGACUUUGAACCGAACACAAGGAUUAGUUGUCAGUUUGCUGUAUUUAUUGUUGUCUGUGUAUUCCUCUUUGGCUAAUUGGAGAUGGGUACUUUAAGCUCCUGUAAUAAUAAAUGCUAUCAAAUCAUUAUUAUAAUAUCUUGUAUUUUCCACUUUUAA